AGCCAGAGCAGCUGGUGGAGGCUCUGGUUGCGGCGAUCUGCGAGUAUUUGUGCGGGGCCCAGGCGCGGUGCCGCUGCGGAGCUGUGGUUACGGUCCCCCGAGCCCAGCCGCUCUCUGUGGCGGGGGGCAGCCAGCCGGGGUCUUACUUUAGGAGCCCUCCCAUGGCUUCCCAGGAAAGGGUGGAGGCAGUGACCAAAGGAACAGAGUCCUGGCGCUGCCCCAAGCCGGCCACUUACACCCCGGGGACCUGCGAGCUGCUCAGAGUGAUGAUGAAGGAAUCCAAGCUGACUAACUUCCAACAGCGCCACAUCAUGGACACCAUGAAAAGAGGAGACACUCUGCCCCUACAGUGCAGCCCAACAUCCAGCCAGAGGGUCUUGCCUUCCAAACAGCCAGCCUCAGCCAUCUACCUGCCUCCCAUCCUGGCGGCCCGGCCCCACCUCCGGCCUGCCAGCUUGUGCCAAGCCAGCGGGGCCUACAGCCGGGAACCAUUCAGGCCUCAAGCCACCCGAGAUCUGGAGAAAGAGAAGCGAAGACUCCAAAAUAUUUUUGCCACUGGGAAGGACUCAGAGGAACGGAAAAGAAAGCCCCCUCCAGUGCAACAGGAGGACUCGGCCCCUGAGCUGGACCGCUUUGAAGAAUUGGUAAAGGAAAUCCAGGAGAGGAAAGAAUUCCUGGCUGGCAUGGAGGCGCUGGGACAGGGCAGACAGUACCGAGGGAUCAUCCUUGCUGAGAUCUCCCAGAAGCUACGGGAAAUGGAAGACAUUGACCACAAGAGGAGUGAGGACCUUAAAAGGCUCUUGCCACCCCUUGAUCCGUCUCCAGAGACAGGGGCAGAGUAGCUCAUCCUGGACCACCACUGGAGCCCACCCCCUGGCCAAGCAGAGUCACCCCCUGGUCAGCCCACCUACCCUGGCCUUCAGUCACAUCAAAUGGUCAUGCAGCACUGCCCUGGCCUAGGGGACCCUGGGCACACAUGGCACCCUAGAAAAUGGACCAAUCUCAGGGAAUGAGCUGGUUCUCCUCAAGACUCUGCCCAGGGAGCCUGGGUCAGCUGACCUGCUGAGACCCACAGUCACAGACACAGACAUGCACCCCCCCACACACACACACACAAUCACACACAGGACUUCUAGUCUUUUCUCAGGGAAAAAGCCCAUACACAGUGAAGGCAAGGCCCAAUCUCACCAUUUUGGGUGUGUGUCUGAGGGCAUCCAACGGGCCUCUUCCUCCCCCUGCCCCCAACACCCACCGUGUGUCCUACAUGUUUUCAGAACUUUGGAAUGAAGACGAUUCCUUCCUUCCUACUUGCCUUAGGACCUACUUAUAUGACUACAGGCAAUGUUUAACCACAUGAUUAAUUGGCCAGUAAGACACAUUUAACGUAGGUCAUUACAUACACUGUUUUGUUUUCAGAAGGAUAGACUUAUUUGUUCAAGGAGUUAGAAUUUUUUCAAGCCCAGAUGUUUUUUAGCUGUUUGCAUAUCUCAAGUGGAAAUGAGAACCAACACUUCUUGAACACCCCAAGGCCGGACACUGUGUCAGGCUGAAUUUCACUUGGUUCAUUCUCUCAAUAAAACCCUCCGAUGAUGGUUGA